CGGCCCCACACGGGGCAGGCAGGGCCCCACCCCGGCCGGGGCCGUCCCACCACGGGCCGCGGCCUCCCGGGAGCGGGCGGCCCUGGAGCGGCGCUGGGGAAGGGCCAGGCCGCAGGCGGCUGCGAGCCCCGGGGGCCCGACGCGAUGCUUUCUUUACCUAUCGAAAGAAUGUGCUUCUGGCGAAGAGCCCGUCCACCCAGAUAGAAGGGGUCUUUGCUGCAACCACGGGAAGAUUGGAGCCAGAAGAGCAAGAAGCCCUUCUCCAGCAGUGGCUGGAGGAAGGAGCAGGGAAUUUGCCAGCCAGCGAGAGUGUUCCAGCAGCGAGGAAAGUAUCAGUUACUCUCACUAGUGACUGGUUAGAAGGUUCAGAGCUAUUGAUGACCAGCCUCAGUGACCUGAAUACAUCUCCGGAAGUCACCCGAUGUGCUGAUCAGCAGCACUCAGAGCUAAAUGCCUUGGCUCCUUCAGAACUGCAAGAUAAUACAGUGGCUGAACCGGCAAGAUUACCAUCAGAAGAAACAGUGACUGUAGCAGGGAGUGCCCCUUGGGCAGCUGUGGUGCCACAGACAGAUCACCAGACAGCUGGCUGUGCUGGUGUCAACGUGGAAGUGCUGAAUGAUGACCCGGCUGUGCUGGCCUGGAGUUUAGCAUGUGAUGCAGAGACAGUGCCACCAGUGCUCCCAGCCCAGCCCAUUCAGGAUGCGGUGCCGUUUUAUCCUGUCACAACAGAGGUGCCCUACCAUGAGAUCUUAUGGAGAGACUGGGAGGAUCUUUCUGUCCAGCCCUGUGUCUUAGAGCAGGUCUCAAAAAACACUCCUCUCUUUGAAUUUCGAGUCAUGUCUUACAACAUCCUUGCCCAGGACCUGGUGGAGCAGGGCCUUGAUCUCUAUGUACACUGUCAUCCAGACAUCCUGAACUGGAACUACCGCCUUCCAAACCUUUUGCAGGAGAUUCAGCAUUGGGAUCCUGAUGUUCUGUGUCUCCAGGAGGUGCAAGAGAACCAUUACUGGGAGCAACUGGAGCCAACAUUCAAGGAGAUGGGCUUUGCGUGCUUCUAUAAACGGAGAACCGGGACAAAGACAGAUGGAUGUGCAGUGUGCUAUAAGCACAGCAGGUUCCAGCUGAUCAGCCUCAGCCCCGUGGAAUACUUUCGACCUGGCCUGGAUGUCCUCAACCGGGACAAUGUGGGCUUGGUGCUGCUGCUACAGCCUGUGCUCCCAGAGAGUCGAGGUCUGAAGGCAGUCAGUCCUCUGUGUGUGGCCAACACUCAUGUGUUGUUCAAUCCCCGUCGAGGAGAUAUCAAACUGGCCCAGGUGGCCUUGCUGCUAGCAGAGAUUGACAAAAUUGCAAGAACUACUGAAGGUAGCUACUAUCCUGUCAUCUUGUGUGGAGACCUGAACUCUGUACCUGAUUCUCCGCUCUACAAAUUCAUCCGGAAUGGUGAACUUUCCUACCAUGGGAUGCCAGCCUGGAAGGUGUCUGGUCAGGAAGACUUUUCCCAGCAGUUGUAUUCACGAAAACUGCUGGCCCCGCUGUGGCCGAGCUCACUGGGUGUAACAGACAGGUGCCAGUAUGUCACCCUGUGCCAGCCAAAGAAACCUGGGAGACGUGAAUACAGCCGUGACUUCCUGCUGCAGUUCCGCUUUUGCGAUGUUGCCUGUGAACGACCACCACAGCUGGUCCUCUUGGAAGGUGUGACAGAUGCUAAACCAGGUAAAGACCGCCCUGCACACUGGCCCAAGCCUGCUGCCAUGGUGAAAGACCCUGAUCCCCAGCCAUUCAUCCCAAGGUGUUCAGGUGUUAUCCAGCAUGGCCUCAACCUGACCUCUGUCUACAGCCACUUCUUGCCACAUAGGGGACGCCCGGAGGUCACAACGAUGCCCAUGGGGCUUGGAGCCACUGUUGAUUACAUUUUCUACUCAGCAGAGCCUGUGGAGAGCAAGGCGGGUCGCAGGCUGUACAAGGAUGGAGCCCUGAAGCUGCUUGGCCGUCUUUCUCUCCUCUCUGAAGAUGUCCUCUUGAUGGCAAAUGGCUUACCAAAUUCUUUUUGUUCAUCUGAUCAUCUCUGCCUGCUGGCUAGCUUUGGCUUGGAGAUCUCUAGCCUCAGAGAGAGUUAGUGUUGGCUCCCUUUCCCUAAAGAAAAGCUGUUCUGAAUACAGCAGUUGAGACUCUGGAAUGCACAACCUGCUUGCAAGAAAACCCUUUUCCUUGUCAUGCCCUACAAGUCCUUUUCUCCCCUCACACCCUCACUAAAAGCAGGGAUGGGAGAGUUGGAGUGCUUUUUGCAUUGGUAUUUUUGUGUCUCUGCAGACCUGAGCUGUGUUCCCAGUGGGCUGCCAGGUGUAUUCAGGCAUUAGCAUCUCUUAAGGGGAUCCUUGUUCCACUGCCUUGUUUAGCAGGUGUUUUUGUGCUGUAGGAACCAACAUAACUCCCAUGUUUAUUUGUCCCUGUGUGAGAUUUUCAAUGAGCUGGAAAAGAGAGGGGCAAUGCUAUCUGCUUGUGGUUAGCUUAAUUGCUACCAAGGAGCAUGGGAUGUAUAUGCCCAUACUCUUUCACACCAAAACAAUCGUUCUUUUAAUUUCUCAGUAAUAAUUUAGUACUUUCAGAGCUAGUUGUUGCAAUGCCUUUUAGAUUGGAUCUGCUAACUGCUUAGAAAUAUCUUUUACUUAACAAUCUGUAAGGGCUGACUUGCUGACAGAAGGGUUUGUGUAGUGUAACAGUUUCUACAAGAAACUGUUUGCUGUGACUAAUGGACCAGGGAAUGGGAUUGCCAGGAAUGGAACCAGGGCUUCUACAGAACCACCCACAGCAGCUCUAGAACUUCAGUAAAAGCCUAGAGGCCUUGGGGAAGGCUUCCUUCCUUUCUAGCAGUCUCAGAGUGGUACCUAAUUGGUCAUUUUUAGCUAAAAUAUUUAGAAUCAUCCUAGUGAAUAUCCCGUGGAAAAAGUUACUCUAUAAGGCAUAACAACUGCAAAAGGCUAUAACUCUGGUUUAUCCUAAAAGAGAGAAGGCAUGUGAGAGUCAGCAGAGCCAUCAGAUGGAAGAGCUGUUCUUGUCACUUGGCCUGUUCUUUUCCCUAUUGCAGUCAGCCUGCCAGGGGUCAAUAGCCAACCUGUAGCAUCCAUCUCCUGCACCAGACUGAAGUCCAUGCUGCAUCCUUCUUCUGGACUCACCAUGUUUAGGCAUAGAUAGAGCCCUGAGGAUCGACUCCUGUCUCUUGCCAUGCGUUGGGAGGAAGGGGAAGGCUGUGUAACUUGGAGCCAGACUGCAGUCACUUGGAUCCAGUGUACCUUUGGGGUCCUGUUGGUGUGCUUUUGUAAGCAGUGGCUUGGCCAGUACAAAAGCAGUCAAGCUGUACCUGUUCCUAGAGUAAAUUCCCCAGUUCAGCCUGACAUUUGGUGCUCAGUUAUUCCCUAAGAGAUGAAACCAAUAUUGGCAUAAACCAACAUUGGCAGAAACAUCAAUCUUCUGUUCACAAACAAGGCGGGAAAUCCGGCCCCACCUCAGGUUGUGGGGAGGUACAGGGGACUUGAAACAUUGUUUAUUCUUCAUGGUCUAUAUUGAGGGACUUUGAUAUUUUAAAUGUUACUUUCUUUAUUGAAAAAUAAAGUACUGCUAAUCCAAGAAAAUAUCACAAA